CGUCACCAUCCCCGGGGUUGGCGGGGGUGCGGGACGGUGGCGCUGCGGGGCCGGGCCCGAGGGGGUUGGUAGCGUCGGGCGGCUCCGAAGUGAAUCAGCCCCGGUCCUGUGCUCCCCGUUUCAUCCCCGGCGGCUCGGGAGAGUUGGAUAAAGGGAGUUCUUGAGCAGGAUGCAGUGGAUGAUUCUUAUCUCUCACAUCAAGGUUGGAUGGUACAAUGCUGUUCUCCAGCCAGCCUUUCAUCUCCCCUACCCAGAUGACACCUUGGCCUUUGUGGUCCUAAGCACGCCUUCAAUGUUUGACAAAGCCCUUAAACCUUUUGUGAAAAAAGAAAGGCUAAAAAUAAUCAGGGAUCCUGUGGAUCAGUGUGUCUCUCAUCAUUUGUCAUCUGUGAAGGAGAAAUUUCCUGACCAGAAGGUGGACAUCAUCUUUGAUUAUGAGAUCCUGCCAAGCCGAAAGCCCAAGUUCUUGGCACAGACAGCUGCCCAUGUUGCUGGAGCUGCAUAUUACUACCAAAGGAAGGAUGUAAAGUGUGAUCCUUGGGGAAAAAAGAAGAUCUAUGGUGUAUGUAUCCAUCCGAAGUAUGGAGGUUGGUUUGCUAUCCGGGGUCUCCUCCUGUUCCCAGAUAUUCAAGUACCAUUUCUGGAACAGUCUGCCCCUGUUGACUGUGUGAGUACAGAGGAAAAAAGAAUCGAGUUGUUGGAGCAAUUCACUUUUCACUGGCAGGAUGGACGCUACAGGGACAUAAUUGAAGUGAAGGAAAGGUACUCAGAGGAGCAAAAAGCCUACUUUGCAACUCCUCCAGCAGGGAGAUUGAGGCUGCUUGGGCUAAAAGAAGUCCAGAGAAACACAUUUCACUGAGUAACCCAGCUCCACAGAGGGGCAGAGAGCAAGCAAAGUGGGAUUCAUCAGCACCUUCUUUUCCAAGGUUCUGAAGUGGGUGAUGUGCUCAUACAGAGAUGGCAAAUCUAAGCAGCAUCUCAAUCCAAACAUCAGCUUCCCAGAGUAAAAAGGAAGAGCUGCAGCAUAGCACUUGGAGUCUGGAGGAAGGCAGGAGCAGUCUGCUCUGUGCUGUUGCCGAUUUGGUGUCUUUUUGAUGGUCUCAUAAGAUUGGCUGGAAAAAAUUCAGACACCCCUGGCAAAUGGAAAACUCGUGCUGCUUAUUAGAGAAGUAAUUUUUUUUUCUCAAGAAUUUUCUUGCCAAGUGUUUGGUUUUACUCCAUGCAAGGUAAAAAAAGUUAAUCUUCAGUCAUUGUACUCCAAAAUCUUGGUUUUUUCAUCUGAAUUCAGGACAGAAUUUUUUUUCUUCUUUGUUAAUGUAGCCAGCUUUUUUUUAUCCUGUGUUACAUCUCUCCCUAAGGAAUAAGUUUUCAGUUUCUUCACUCUUGCCUUCCUCAGACAGAAAAUUUUCCCUGUAUUCCUUCACUUGCAGUGAAGCUGGCUUAACUUAGUUUAGAAAUCUUUUAAUGUCUCCUUUCCUUAACAUCCAAAAGAAAAUUCUCCAGAGAUUGUGUAAUUGAGUAAUGCAGUCCUGUACAUGGAGCAGGA